ACGCAUCCUCCCGCCCCCUCCUUCUAACUCUUCUUUUCCUCCUCUCCGACUACAUUCUUCUCAAGCCCUGCCUCGAUGGACGCUUUCUCCUGCGACGGUUAUACCACUUAUUCAGACGCGUCGACCCCUCGUACCCCCUCUCCUCGCACCUCAGACAAUUAUAUCAUCCCCUCGCCAGCUCACUUCAAAGUCGAGCUCGACCCAGUACCCAACAUCUUCGCAGACAACAUGGCUGACGAUCACACCGUCGCUCCCGAGGGCCACUCCAUCUGGCACGGCAUGUCCAACAACGGCUCGCCCCUCUCCCUCCCCAUGAACAACUCCCGCGGCUCUCUGCUCCAGGAGCUUUACGACAACGACUUCGCCUCCUCCCAGCACGUCCACCAGCCCGAGUACGCCGAGCCCAUGCACGUCGGCAACGACUGGAAUUCCGGUAUGCACCGUGUUGACCAGUCAUAUCAGACCCAGCAGCAGCUCCUCCAGCAGGAGAACAUGACCUCCAUGCGCCGCGCAACCUAUCCGUACGUCAGGCAGGACAGGGACGACUCUCUCCCGUACUCGCUCCCCUCUUUCCUCCCCCGUGAGAACGAGCAGUACAUGAGCCCCUUCUCGCGCCCCGAAUCUCUUUACGGCGAGCCUCUGUCUAUGAUGGACCACUCCCACCACAUCCACCCCUAUAACUCGCAUGACCAAUUCAUCCCCAACCGCUUUGAUAUGGGCUCCUCUGUCUCGUCUUCUCCCGCCUCGUCACUCCGCGAGUUUGAUCCCCUAGACCCGCAUGUCAAGCUAGAAGAAACUGCACCGGUCAUCGUCCCGUCCCAGACUUGUCUUUACCGCCCCGCUUCCUCCAGUCCGAUGCACCCCGUCACCUACCUCUCUCCCCAUACCGGCCUCCCCGUGCGCCACACGGACGACGCCUCGUCAAAAGAGACGCCGACUCUGCGUCGCCGGUGCUUCAACUGCUCGCAGACCGAGCCUCCCAGCUGGCGGAGGUCGACGCUCAACCCGGGCAAAAUCGUCUGCAACAAGUGUGGUCUCUACGAGCGCACCCACUUGCGGCCACGGCCUCUCCGCUUCGACGAGUUGCGGACCGGGAACAAGUCGCGGAAGCAGCCCAAGGCAGCCGUGCCUGGCUCACCGGCAUCCAAGCCGAGCCCGCUCGUCAAGAAAGAGUCCGACGGCGACUCUAUCAUGCCCCGGGAUCGGAGAGCUUCCGUGUCGUCGUCGUCAGGCUCGGUGCAUUCGAGCAGCGACUGGGACGAUUCAGUGUCUGUCUACUCGUCGUCAGGGUCCGGUCCUCCGUCGUCGUUCAAUUCACCGGCAUUGACCAGCUUCUCUCUCCCGCUCGACGCUCGCUCUUCCCAAUCGCCACCUCGGGACGGAGGGAUUCGCCUGCCGAAUGCGGGGCUGUCAGACAUUGCGUCCUUCCAGUCCGGCCACCUCAUGCCCCACAAGUCUGCCACUACCCCCGACUACGGCUCCCCUUCGAUGACUGGCGAGCCUUUCCGACGAUCCUCACUUCCCGACGAUGGCCAGCAUGAGAGCUGGCAAUCGCUCGCUAUUGACUUGUCGUCAUCGUCGUCGCCAGGCAACGCGAGCGAGGGUCAGUCACUUGUCGUCUAGUGCACGGCGCUGUCAUUCUUUUGGUCGGUUUCCUCUCACGUCUCUGCGUAUCUAUACUGUCUCCUGUCUCGUGAUAUACCGUCUGUUGCUGCUGCCUCUUUUUAUUUAUUUAUUGGUCCGUGAAAAUCGUGCUCGUCGCUCCCGCUUUUAUUUUGCAUCACUCAGCUCUUUCCCCCGUCGGUUUGCCUGGGCCAAGCACGACGCUCCGAUUUUCUCAUCUGUACUCCUCCAACGGCAUUGUAUCAUCCCCUUUGCAUUUACGUAUUCCCCCGUCUCCCAUCUCUCCACUCCCGUUCGGGCGUCGCUUAGCCCGAUUUUGUUUGUUUGGUCAUUAUGUCUUUUACUUAUUUUAUUUCUUGCCCUUCUUCCCCUGGUCCGUUGGUUUGCUUCUUGGACAACGAAUCCCUCAUAUCCCCCUCGCGUUCACGUUUUACCGGUCAAUACUUAUCGCUGUCACUCUGAUACAUACAUAAAAGCCUCAUGUAACGCUAGGUAGAAAUCGCAAUUGCC